AUGGCCAACGAAGAGAAAAAGGAUGCAAAAAGUGUGAAGGAGAUAAAAGAUUCAAAAGCUUCAAAAACUCCAAAAGAAGCAAAAGAUUCAAAAGAUAUCAAGGGCACAAAAGAAGCAAAAGAUUCAAAAGAUAUCAAGGGCACAAAAGAAGCAAAGGAACACAAAGAAGUAUCCAAAGCUUCUCGAGAUGCAAACACAUCUCCUACAAAGUCCCAGUCAGCAUUGAAAGAUAGCAAACUCACAGAGUCCAAAUCACCACUGAAAUCCGAGACCAAGCUAGUUGCAAAAACUGGGGGAGCGAGUUCGCUACCGAAGAGCUCUACUCCUACCACCUCCGUUUCUUCUACUUCUUUGCAUUCUAAACCACAACCAAAACCAACCAUUGAUCAAUACAAUGCAUUAAAGAAGAAAUUGAUACAACUGAUUCUAAAAAAACAAGAAAUCAAUGCCAAGUUAUCUAAACUCGAGGACCAAUUAUACCAAAAAGAAUCAAACUAUUUUGAGGAGAGUACUGUAGGGAAUAUUGUUAAAGGCUUUGAAAACUUUUCAAAAGCAAGCGGAGGAGCAUUAUUAUCCAGCGGUGGAGGCGGAGGCGGAGGAGGUAAAGGUGGUAGCGGAAGUGGAGGAGGAGGGGGAGGAGCAGGUGGUGGAGCAGGUGGUGGUGGACACAAGAGGAGAAUAAUAUAUACUGACGACGACCAUAUAUUCAGUUUGAGCUCGACUAACUUUGUCAAAAACAUGGUGAAAAAACAUGGCCAAAAUUUUAAAGAAUCAACACCAACAACUAAUGGAGGCAGUGGCGCCAAUAGUAGUAUUGCAUCUGGAAAUACAUCCAAACAAGAGGAUUUUGAUGAUUAUGAAGACUCAGUCGACCCAAUAACUGCGCAUGGCGUAGGACCAAAACUAAUGCUCAGUCUAACUGGGAGUGGGAGCGGUAAUGGGAGCGGUAAUGGGAGCGGUAAGGGGAAUGGGAAUGGAAACAGUUCAAGCGGGGGUGGUGGAGGUGGGAAUGGAGGAGGUGGUUCCUCUCGCGAAAAGAGCGAAAGUGCUUCAAGUACGCCUUCACGAAAGCGUAAAGCAAGAAACUUAGACGAUUAG